AUGUCGUCGCAGCAUCCCGGCUCGUUUUCCGAGCUGUUGGGCACGUUUCACGAGUUCCUGGUUGUUCUGGUCCAUAAUGUGCUGUAUCUACGAGGAGUUUAUCCACCAGAGACGUUUCGUGCGGUGCGGAAAUACGGUAUCGCUUUGCACCAGUGUCGCCAUCCAGGAGUUAACCAGUGGAUCGAGGACAUGGCCGUGGCGUGUAUGAGUCGAAUCAAGGAAGGCGGUGUUGGCAGACUGUCGAUAGUUAUAUUGCGGGAAAAGACCAACACGCCGUUAGAACGAUUUGUAGUGGAUAUCAGCGAUUUCCCUGAAGUGCCCGAGUCGGUGCAGACCGUCAGUAUCGACAACAUCGCAGUCACCUGGACCUCGCUGCUGGAAGAAUACCGAGCGUGUCUUGCGACACUGGCUGGCAUGUCACAAUCGUUUGGCAAACUGCCAGCUGAUAUCACAUUCACUCUGAUCAUGGAACUCAAACCCGACGACGCCCCAUCCCACAUACACCCAUUACAAUCAACCACGCUCUCCGACUCGUCCACAACACCCGACCCGUCUCCAUGGAUCACGGCCGACCGCCAUCGAUACCAUCUGUCUACCCCGCUCUCAUUGACCACCCACCCGAUCCGGUUCGUCGACGCCGGUCCCAUCAGCUUCAACCUCUCCCUCGAAGAGGACAAGCAGAAACUGAAACUGCCCUCUCGACCCUAA